GAUCGGAGGCAGGCUUCACUCCAAGUGACAUUCCAGGCUUUGCAGGUGAAUUUUCAUUGCUACUGAUAACACUACCUUGAUAGUACAGCCUUGUCCAAAUUGUGCCAACGUUCGACUCGGGGAGCCGAGCAUGUGACCAUUCGUUCUUGUCACGUUAACCGCACGUGCAGGCACGCUUUCUCCCAUUUCCUCUUCUUCUGUGCGACUUCCUCAUCUACUCGAGCUUCCACCUUCUUCCGCAUCACUUGGCUCCUGCCAUCUAAGUCAGCGCAGUCCAUUGGGCUUCUGCUCGUUCAAGUCCAUUGAUCAUCGUUUUGGGGUGCCAUUUCCGGGUGCCUCCUCAAGAUGGCUACGUACGGGAAAAAGAAACGCUCCCUUCUCCCCUCGCUCUCUAGCCUCAGAGACGUGAGCUUCAAGGGCAAGGACAAAUCGAAGCAAAAAGAGUCACUUAUGCAGAUCCCACUCUUCUCCGAGCCCCAAGGCGAAGAGGAUCUUGAGUACAGUAUUGGAGAGAGAACAAUGGCGAGUAAGCUACUUGACGAUACAACCGACGAACCGCACCCGGCUCCUGGCAGACGUCCGUCACAACUUCCACGAAACAAGACAUACUCUAAUCUUGCCCAAUUCGCCCAGUCCGACAAGGGCAAAUCGCUCCCGCAACUUCCAGACUUUAAAUGGAGCGGUGACCGUGCUUGGUCAAUGAUGAAUGCUCCUGUUGUUACAGCUGAUGGCAGUGCCAAUAGAGAGUACUUCCACAACGACGAAGUUAACAACACAUCAGCUCCACCAACUGAACCCUCCCAGAGCUCUCCACCACCAAUCCCACCAAAAUCAUGGAAGAGGAAAUCCAUUCAACCAAACACCAGCCACAGAAAGAUCCAGGGAGGAAACCAGGCUGUAAGAAAGUCGAUUGUACACCCUAAGCCUGCGGAAACUAUUGACAUCCCAACUCCCACAAAAUAUGCAGAUGAGGAUUCAAUUGCGGAAGCAAUGCAGACGGCGACUAGCAAUCUGAAGGGCUCCACAAAAGGCAGUCUAAAGAUCUCAGGUCCCAGCAACUUCAGGCAUGUCACUCACAUUGCAACUGAUGUUGAGAAGGGCACUGUUCCAGAAUCAAUGCGGCCAACGCCUCGAGCUCCGAACGAUACCGACCAAACCUUGCUCCACGGGCCUUAUGUACCAACAAAAGAAAAGGGAUUCAAGGGGAGCAAAGUCUUUGCAAAGAUGAAGAAUGCCCUCCAAGGUAGCAAUUCAAGAAGCCGUCAUGAUUCUGGUAUGACUCGGGGACUUCUUGAUCCUUUCCCCGGCGAGCCAGAUGAAUGUGAUGAGAUGGGCCCAAUGGACGCCGGACUAAAUAAAGGCGAGAGGGCUACCCCGCCUUUCACAUCAUGUACUAAUUGAUGCAGGCAAAGAGUCGAUAAAGCCCGAAGAAUACAGACUCACGGGUCAUAGAGGCAUCAAGCGCAAGCCUGUCCCUGACCACGGAAAGUCCUUGAAGAACC